CUAUGAAUGACAGUAUGAGAUUUUGACAGUGUAGCAAGAGAGCGCGAAACAUGAGUUAUAAAAUGUCAACAUUGCUAAUAAAAUUAGGAAACUCAAUAACAGGAAGCACAAUUUUUAAUGCCGAAAUUAAAAUGUUUAUUGUGUAAAGACAGGUAGUUUAGCAGAAUAUAUAUACGUGAAAUGGCCUGUGAGAGAAACAUUUCCUAUCAUGAAAUGCCAUUCUGUGUGAAUGCGCCGUGUAAUGAUUUUUAUAUUUAUACAGACCUGAAGGACGUUAAAGAAAAGUGUCUUACUUUUGGUGAUGAAGUUAUAAAAUGUAGGACUAUAGGAAUUUUGAAAAGUAUUAAUGGACGAUUUUAUUUAACUGACCUGGAUGAGACAGAAUGUCAGUCAGAGCCCCUUGCACAGGUGUCCAUGGUGUUCCUGAAAACUCCACCACAAUCGACAGUGAUACCAUAUCCUGUGCAAAUAUUUGGCACACUGCAAUGGAAGAACAGACCUGUUAUAUUUGCAAAAUUACUACAAGUAAUGACUGUAUCAACUGCAAUAAGAAUGAAGAAUUCCUUAGGUAGUAUCACCAGCUUACACUUGGCUAGAAACUUUCUUGUAUAUGAAGAGCAACAAGACCUUACUUGAAUAUAGGACAUAAUAUACAUGAAUUUCAAUGUGGUGAAAAAAAAAACAGUUAAAAGAAUGAAUAUUUAUUAAAUCUUAAAUAAAUACAUUAAAUAACAAUAUGUGAUAAAAUUUACAACAUUCCAUCACCAAGCACUCAUUGUGCUCAUUACAUCAAAAAAUAAUGAUUGGCAUAGACAAGUUUACUUUCACUUUCAAGCAUUUUCAGGUAUUUUAUCAUGUUAUUACCAAACAUUGUAACAAUACUAGGUACCAGUUAUAUAUUCAAUGUAUUAUGUUUUCAGUAAGCUUAUAUUGCUUGGAAUGCUUAUUUCAUGUAGUAUCAGUUGUUUAACUCUCAGAAUAAUUAAGCAGCUUCAUGUAUCUAUAUGUUGAGCAUAUCACCAUCAAAACUACUAACCAAAUAUCUCUGUAGAUUAUUAUGAUGUAAAUAAGAAAUGUAAUCAAAUACAAAUGUUAUUGCAGUAAGGUAAGGCUAAGGGCUCUUAAUAUUACAGUUUCUUGCUAUGUCUAGUUACAAAACUAUCCAGAGCAAUCACAUAGAAAAUAUUUAAUCUUGCAGACAUAUAAUUUAUUUAAUGUCCCAAAUGUGUACUAUUAUAGUUUCAAAAGGCAAUCCAACUAUAACAGCGUAGCUGUCAUACUGUGUGUGAACUCCAAUAGAACUUUGCAAUACCAUAGUUAUGUCUCUAGUUUUAGAUUGUAUUUUUGAUAUAUUAAUUAAUUUACUGAUUUAGUUGUUGAGAUAGGUAAAAAUAUGAAACAAUUUCUAUUGAGGAUAACUUCUUAUUGUAUCUGAUGGUAUUGUAAAGUAGUCCAUUACACAGUACACAACAGGAGUACCACAGUUGUAGGAACAAACUACCCAUCUAAAGCACCCAGAAGUAUAGCACAAACACAAGCAGAAUGACAGCGCCUGCUGUCACCUUCACAAGCAUUGACUUUGUGUUAAGGUAUGUUGCAUCCUUCUUGUACUUUGAAGACAUCAUUGACAGGUUCUGAGUCUUUGUAUCCAGUUCUGAAACAAAUUCAUUAUUUAGUGAAAACCACAUACUGGCUCUCUAUACAAGAUUUGCAUAAAUGUAUAUGUAUCAAGUAAUUUGAUAUUAGUCAUUCUCAUUGCUAAUGUCAGUUGUUGUAACUGAUAACAAUAAAAAAAUUAUAGUUACACCAUUUUCAUCCAAGUGAUAAUGAGCCAUGAGUCAUCAUUAAGAGCUGAAAUAUUGCAAACUUUCUAAUUUUACAUGUUUUUAACUUGAAAAGUUAACAUAAAUAGAAGAGCAGUAAGAGUCAUAUGUAGCAAAUUGUCGUUCGAUGUGGAGAGCUACGGGGGAGGCCUUUGUCCAGCAGUGGACGUCUUCCGGCUGAUGAUGAUGAAGAGUAAUAUUACCAGAGAGUAUAGCUCCCCUCUGCAGCACAUCGUCGAUGUUUUGCAUCAUGAUGCGCUGCACGUCGCCAAGCUGCCCGCCGAGCUGGGCGGCGGCGCCAGCGCGUCGUGCGCGUGCGCCGCCCUCCGCGUACUGCCGCCGUGCGCGCUGCAUCCACGUGUCGAACUCUAUGAAUGUGUAUGGUCGGGUGACUGUGUUCACCUGUAAUAUCAUGACAUUAGAAUUAAAAAAAGAAUUAAUAGUAUUCAAAAACGGAGACUGUGAUAAUAUUAGAUUGGUUUGUAUCAAGUAAUUUGUAAAUAGAACGACAGAAGCUAAGGUAAUUAAAACAUUUUUUCCAAAGUUGGCAGUUUAAGCAAAAAGCAAAAUAUAUUUUUACUGUAACAUAAUGCACAAAAAUUCACAAAAUGUAGUUCAUCUGCCGGUUUUUGUAAGAUGUUAAGAGAGCAUGUUAUUCACAGUUAAUACGGUAGUUUCUAACUAGUCAAAUUCAAUACUUUUAUCCAAACAUCAAAAACAAUACUUUUCUAUGAAAUUUGUAUUAAAGUGAGCUAUGACGUCAUAACUUUAUUGCGUCAAAUAGCUUUAUUUCUUAAUAAUUAGCUAAAAAAAAACUAAAAAUUAGUAUAUUGACCAAUCAAUGAAUAAAAGUAUAGUUAUUUUUCAAUAUUUUAUUGUAUUGAAACGUCGAAAUAAUUUUCUUUUUGACCUAGGAAACUACCCAAUUAUACUUAUUCUUCCAAAUUAUGAUAUGAUAUGGUCACAAGUAACUUAGUCAGUUCAGCAUUAUAACAUCAUUUUUAUAAAGAUAUAUUUUUGUGUGUAUUUGUGUUGGCUAUCUGAGCCAUAAUUGUCAUGAAUAUAUGUUUAUAUAUUAUGAUUUAUAUGAUGCAAUGUUAGCUGAACUGUCUGUACAUACCCUCUUGCCGUACUGCUGGUAGAACUCUUGAGCUAUUUCUUCAAGAUAACUGAAUGCUAGUCUUUUGCUGUAGUUCCGCUCACACAACACUAAGUAGCAGAUCUCGUGUUCAAUAAGAUAACUGAAAAUGUAACACACAGAUUCAGCAAUUUAAUUUUAUUUUUGGUUAUUUCUAGCACAAGCUCCACAAUGUAGCCUAAAAAUAUAAUUAUAUCUUUGUAGGUGUGUAGCAACAAAAUAAAAAGAUUUCAUAAACAAAAUUAAUCAUUUCAUCAGAAUGAAAGUGCUAAAAUUGGUGGUAAAACAUAGCAAAAAUUGAGGGAGAACUGAAAUAUAAAAAGCGAUAGGACUCACUGGAAGAGAUAGGGCCCAGUUUC